CUGCUCGUGUGUUUACUCCUCGAGCGAGUGAACACCGUGCAGGAGAGACGGCGCGCGCUCGCAGGAUGGACGCUCACAGAUAACAGUCGGCGUCUGCCGAGCUUUCUUUUUAUUAACUGAAAGGUGUUUUUUUUUAAACCUUCUACAGUGGUGGAAUUGCUGUUGAACUUUGCUCACUUUCUCUGCUCCUAGUCAGUGGAACUUAACCGUAUUUUAAAGUUUGAGGACACAGAGUGAUUUUGCGGCUUUCAGAGGAAAUAUCUGUCACUCCAGUGCGCAGAGGCUCGACUACCGAAGAGACUUUUUUCCCUGAUUCAGCGCUGAUUAGUGAGGAAGAUGCUCUGUGUUUGGGGAAAACGCGCACGAGCUCCCGGGGCGCUGCUCGCGCUCCUGUUCAUCAGCGGAACCUUCGUGUGCAAUGCAGACGGCAGUGACUACAGUGAAGUUCUGCCUGACUCCUUCCCCUCUGCGCCAGCUGAGCCGCUGCCUGAAUUCCAGAGUGAGCCAGAGGACACAUUCAUCGUAAAGAACAGACCAGUCAAACUUUCCUGUAAAGCGUCUCCUGCUACCCAGAUCUACUUCAAAUGCAACGGCGAGUGGGUCAACCAGAACGACCACGUCACCAGAGAGAGCCUGGACCAGGUCACAGGUCUGGUGGUGCGUGAGGUAGACAUCUCAGUGUCCAGGGUUCAGGUUGAGGAGCUCUUUGGCUUGGAAGAUUACUGGUGCCAGUGUGUAGCCUGGAGCUCUGCUGGUACCACCAAAAGCCGGCGCGCAUAUGUGCGCAUUGCAUACCUCAGGAAAAACUUUGAGCAGGAGCCACUCGGCAGGGAAGUGCGUCUGGAACAGGAAGUUCUGCUGCAGUGCCGCCCACCAGAAGGGAUCCCACCUGCUGAGGUAGAAUGGUUGAAGAAUGAGGAGCUUGUUGAUCCUGUGCAGGACUCCAACUUCCUUAUAACCAUUGAUCAUGACCUCAUUAUCAAGCAGGCACGUCUUUCUGACACAGCUAACUACACGUGUGUGGCCCGAAAUGUGGUUGCCAAGCGACGCAGCAGCACCGCAACUCUCAUUGUAUAUGUGAGUGGAGGCUGGUCAUCCUGGACAGAGUGGUCAGAGUGUAAUGCACGUUGUGGGCGGGGCUGGCAGCGACGGACACGUAGUUGCACCCAUCCGGCACCACUUAAUGGAGGUGCUUUUUGUGAGGGCUCACCCUUUCAAAGAGUCACCUGCACCACCCUCUGUCCAGUGGAUGGAGGCUGGACGGAGUGGGCUAAGUGGUCAGCAUGUGGGACCGAGUGCACACACUGGCGCAGCCGUGAAUGUCAGGCUCCUCCCCCACGUAACGGAGGACGUCACUGCAGCGGCAGCAUGAUGGAGAGCAAGAACUGCACCGAGGGACUGUGUGCCCGCUAUAAAAAGGUUACUGUUGAACAUACAAACCAUCUGGAUUCGGGGGCAGGAGUGGCUAUGUAUGCAAGGCUCGUGGGUGCUCUGUUGCUGUGUGUAAUCCUUGUGCUCAGUGUGGGCAUCCUGGCUUACCGCCGAGGCUGUCGCCAUUUCCGCGGAGAUAUCACUGACUCCUCAUCUGCCCUUGCUGCUGCUUUUCAUCCUGGCAAACCUCCAAGACAAGAUAACCUUCAUGUGCUGCACUCCUCAGCUCCUCCUGACCUCACUGCUAGCGCUGGAUCAUUCCGGGGGCCGAUCUUCUCCUCCUUGCAACAGAGCACACUUGACUCGCAUCACAAGAUACCCAUGACCAACUCGCCCCUGCUGGAUGCUUUGCCCAGCCUCAAGAUUAAAGUGUAUGACUCCUCUACCAUGUCAUCGCUGGAGCUGCCCACCAGCCUGGGAUGUGCUGAUGAAGACAUUAUGAGCUUGAAAACGAUGGGCAGCAGUAUGCGAGAUCAUCGCACACACACUCUGCCAGCUGAAUCAGGCCACAGCACCAGUGCCACACUAGGCUGCCUCGGCGGGCGCCUCACCAUCCCUAACACAGGUGUGAGCCUAUUGGUACCGCCAGGAACCAUUCCUCAGGGGAAAUUCUAUGAAAUGUAUCUCAUCAUCAACAAAUGGGAGAAGACUACGUUGCCAUCGGAAGGUGGUCAGACAGUCCUGAGUCCAGUGGUGAGCUGUGGGCCCUCAGCCAUGCUGCUAAGCCGUCCAGUCAUCCUCACCCUGCCCCACUGUGCGUACCUCGAGACUCCCAACUGGAGCCUCACUCUCAAAACACAGAGCAACCAAGGAUUCUGGGAGGAGGUGCUGACUAUAGGAGAGGAGAGUUUGUCCUCGCCAUGUUACAUGCAAUUGGAGGAGCAGAGCUGCCACAUACUGAUGGAGCACUUAGGCACCUAUGGUCUGGUGGGUCAGUCAGUUCCUCCUCAACCUGCUUGUAAGAGGCUACAGCUUGCCCUGUUUGCUCCACGAGCUCCUUGCCUCUCUCUGGAUUACAGUCUAAGGGUCUACUGCAUACAAGAUACACCAUAUGCCCUAAAGGAAGUGUUAGAAUUUGAGCGAACGCUUGGUGGGGUGUUACUGGAGGAUCCCAAGUCACUCCUCUUUAAGGACAGUUACAACAACCUACGACUGUCAAUCCAUGACAUCCCACACUCUUAUUGGAGGAGCAAGCUUCUUGCUAAGUAUCAGGAGAUCCCAUUCUACCACAUCUGGAAUGGGAGCCAGCGGCCCCUGCACUGCACCUUUAGCCUGGAGAGAGGCAGCCUGGCUGUGUCCCAGCUCAGCUGUAAGAUCUGUGUGAGACAGGUAGAAGGGGAGGGACAGAUAUUCCAGCUCCACACAGACAUCCAGGAGACAUUGCCCCCACAUUCACCGCUGCCUGCAGCAGGAACAAGCCUGCCGUCAUCUCAGGUGGGUCCUUAUGCCUUCCGCCUGCCAGCCUCUAUCCGCCAAAAGAUCUGUGCCAGUCUUGAUGCCCCCAGUGCCCGUGGCUGUGACUGGAGACUGCUUGCACACAGCCUGGGCUUUGACAGUUACCUGAACUACUUUGCCACCAAGCCAAGUCCCACAGGUGUGCUGCUCGACCUGUGGGAAGCUUGUCACCACGGUGAUGCCGACCUGGUCUCCCUGGCGACUGCUCUGGAAGAGAUGGGCAAGAGUGAGGUCUUGGUUGUUAUGACGACAGAUGAUGACUGCUGAUUGGGUAAUCAAAAAGGAUAGAAAUGUGGCACCAUGAAUAAAGCAAUCAUUAAUGCCAGUGGACGGGCAUAGAAAUGUGACCACACACCCUGACUCGUCACCGUGUGUGCACUACAGAAGAAACAGAGCUGCAAGCUGCUAGCUCCACGAUCUCUCAGUCUUCAGUCACAAUGAACAUGAACCAAAAAAUGUGAUGUCAUUUGAAUGAGAACAUUUUUUACUCUUAAUGCAGGUAGCAGGUUUAAAUCUGGGCCUGUCUGCUUAAAUCUUCAUGUACAAGGUCAUGAUUCAAGAAUGCUUUUUGCCCUCUCGGACGUGAAUAAUUUUUCAUCGAAACACGGGCAUAUACACAAACACCCACACACUCAGCCUUCAUGCUGGAAGCUAAGUGUGAAAGUGCAUGAUUAAGCGUCACUUAAGGUCGUGAUUGAGCUUUUGUUUCCUAGUGAUUACUGGAGGCUUCAAGUCACCAUCAAACAGACUCUGGAGUGAAGCAUUUUCUCAAGUUGCUCACACACACACACAGUUAUAAAGAAUAGAGUGUUGAUAAUAAAGCACGCAAGUAGCCAAAUUAACCAGACAUAGACUCAGAAACAGCAGUGCUGCAAUAGUUAUUAGUUUUACCAUUUUUAUUUACAACAUAUUGAGAAUAGCCUGUAGUGAACUUGACACUGCUCCUGUUUGACAAAAGCUUGACAUGCUUAUGAUUAGCAAAAAGAAACAAGGAGCUGUUGUUGCAAGAAAGUAGGGAUGUACUGAUUACAAGUUUUAAUACAAUAAGUACUGCGUAUACUAAAAGUAUUGCUCCAGAUACCUGAUACUGAUUCAGUACUGACAUCCUCACAGGAAACAAGCCAAACCUCUGCAAGCUGCUGUUGCCUAGUUAUGCAAAAUAUCAGAGACAUGAUGGUGCCGUGUUCAAGUCAGCCUCACUCACUGUCAUGAAAAAACACAUCAAAUCAGAUCCUAUAACAGAGCCGAGUAUCAGUGCAUCUCUAGAGGAAAAAUUUGUAGGAAUUGAAUUUCCAUUUUGCUUUUUUUAGUAAUCUUGAUUGUUUUUAAUGACAUUUUCUCUUCAACACAUAAAAUGCAGAAGUGCUAUCACACAAUGGUUUCCUAUAGGGAACGCACUUUUUAAUUUACUGUCCAUAUUAGUGGAUUAUUUUUUGAUUCUCUCUCAUUCAUUCUAUCUGCUGUAAUGUUUAAUAGAACGUAUGCAUCUGUACUUGACUGCUGUUGCAUUACGUUCCACAAGCAAGGAGUGGUUACAAAGUGCUUAAAUGACUUCAUGUCGUGUGGCAAGCUUUUUAAAUGCUGUUUAAUAUGUCAUGGGUAAACUGUCAUUUCAUACAUUGAAGCACAUGAAAAAUGUGAGCUCUGGUUCUGUGAUCUGGUGUUUGGGUUCAACUCGAGCCAUUAAUCACUGCUCAGACUCUAAGGUCAUGCAAUUGUAGGCCUUGUGUUUAGUGUCUUUGGAAAUGGCAUGGCUGCUCUUUGGACUGCAUUGUGUCACGUCCACAGUCUUCUCGGACUGUGGGUUGGAAAUGUUACUAUAGUGUGAGACUAACAGCCAUGGCUGUCAUGGACCCUUUACCAUUUGUCCAUUUUGAUGUUGUAUCAUUAGCAUAUUGUGACCUUAAUAUUAUAAGGUUCAGUCUGGCAUUUUGGCCGGAAAUGAGUUCAGCACGUUAGUUGGAACCUGACUUCAUAUUUGGUAUUAUUCUCUCUCUCUCUCUCUCUCUCUCUCUCUCUCUCUCUCUCUUUCUAUUUCUCUCUAUCUCUCUCGCUCCCUUUUUAUUUUACACGUUCUCUGGUUCUAUAUUUUAAGCAAAGUUGCACGUCUAAAAUGAACUUGGAAUGAACUUGGAUUCUAUCACAGCCCAUCAUAAUUGUAGAUGAAUUAUUAAUGAAUAAUUUUAUUAAUUGUAAUAAAUUGCCAAUCAAAGUCUGCCCAGUUUAAUACAGUGAAUAGAGCACAGCAGUGCUAUCAGACAUGUUUGUGGCAUAUAAAUGCGAAGGAAAAAAACACAUUUAAGUGUUAAAUGAAAUUCAUAGUUCAUAUAGCUAGUCUAGUAGAAAAGAAUCCUAACCCUAACCCUAGUUUCGUGUAUUUACAUCUCUAACAAUGUGUUAAAUAAAAAAAAAAAAAAAAGAUUGAAAAAAGCCCCGAGCACAGUAGAAAGCUUCGAAAUGCUAGUGUUAAAUGUUAACCGACCUACCUCCAGUAAUGUUUUUUAUUUUUUUUGCAGUAGCUCAAUGUGGAAGCAGGACUAAAUAUUAGCUAAAUAAUAAAUAGUUUAAUAUAUUAAGUAGCUAUUGCACCUAUUGGUUUAAUGAAGUGUAGCUUUAUACUUUUGUCAGUAAAAUAGUUUUUUCCCCAUUGUAUAUUUAUUGUUUGAAUGUCUUCAUUUAGAAUUUUGGAAUUUUAGAAUUUUAGAAUCAUUUCAGAAGUAAAAUUUUAGAAAACUGGAGUGCAAAUGCACUGAUGUGUCACCUGUGUUUUAAAAUGAAUUACUGAAUUGCAGUCAUGCUAAUAACUCCAUACCCAUGUUUCCUACCUGGUCAAAUACCCACUCUUUAAAUAUCUCAGGGUUUUGAUAAUACACAUUUAAAGCACUUUUAAACUUUAAACCCUUAAACCCUACUGACAUAUAAAUAUGGAUGUCACUAGUGUAGCAUUUGUUAGCUGAUAUGUCAUUUAUUUGAUGCUUGAUAUAAAACAAAACCUGCUUUUUAACCAGGUAGAACAAUAUAAUUCUAAGGUCACAAUAUGUUUUAAUUUUUUUGUUUUUUCUGUAAAAGUGUUGAGAUAUCCUCCAGAAAAUAAGCAGUAUCUGUCCAUGUUUCUGGAAAAGUAAUUUUUGUGUUGUGUGUGUGUGUGUGUACAGUACAAGUGCUGUUGAAUGCGUGCUGAUUGAAGGGCCUCAUUUUGUAGCAGUUUCUUUUACCUUUUUAUGUAAAUUCUAUGCAAGUACAAAAUGAGUAAAUUUGCAGACCUCCUUAAAGUUUUCCGCUGGAUGUGCAAGUGUCAGUUUGGAGAUUGUCAUGCUGUACUACUGACACAUGCUAGAACAGGCCUUAAGGAUAUAAAGCUUCUCCAAGGCUCAUCAGCAGAAACAAACAAUUUAAAAUGACUCCAGGAUGCUGGGCUUAUAAGUGGUUUCCAUGUGCUCUUUUCUGCUUUUCUGAUCUGUGUGGAAAAAUUCUGCCAUCAAUAAACAAAAAUAAAAAUUCUAGGAGGAGUAAAUUAAAACCUCUACCCAUGAAAAUGACUGGCAGUUAUGACACUGUUGAUUGUACAGAAAGCUCCUAAGCACAUCAGUUUGUUUCGGGAAACCUCUUCUAACCCAGACACAAACCUUUGGACAGUCGUCAGGUAUGAGACAUGGGACUGCAUCUGGUCUCAACCUUCUGAGUUCAACCUCUUUCUGGAUGUUUGUUGCUUUUCACAAACCCUGAGUCAUUUAGUUCUGAUGUCAUACCAGAACUCUGAGGUGUUUUUUUUGUUUGUUUGUUUCAUUUAAACACUGUAAAUGUCUAUUGUACAUAAAUGUUUAGCCUUCUUACUGUAACUAAAUAUAAUUUUUAUGCAAUAAAUUAUAUUUCUUAGUUUAACAAGAAA